CGGGGCAUGUGGUUCCCUGCGUCCCCGCUGUAGCCCCGCUGCACGAGCCGCCAGGCCGCCCGGGCAUCGCCCCCGCGGCGCUAGUCAGGGCGGAGGCUGUGCGGGAGCAGCAUGGCAGCGGCCGGCCCGGGCCAGAGGGAGCUGCUGGUCCUCAUUCACCAGCACCUGCUCCGCGCUGGCUACGCCAAGGCAGCGCGGGAGCUGCAGCUGCAGCUCGGCCAGAAGCAGUUUCCUCCACAGUUGACCUCUCUUGAAGACAUCUUCACCCACUGGCAAAAAACUCCCUCAAACACCAAGAAACGAAAGGCAAGCAACUCUGGGGGAGGCAGUGCAGCAAAGAAGAUCAGGGUGCCUGAUCCCAAGAGCAGCUCUGAAAGUUCGGAAGAGGAGACGAAAGCUGUGACAGCUGGCACCCCUGUUGUGACUAACUCCACGGUGCAGGCAGAGAGCAGCGGGGAUGAAGACUCCUCUUCAGAAGAGGAGGCAGCGGCUGGAAAGGAAGUAAAGGAGGUGAGAACUGCUGCAGCGGGUAGCAAAGCUGCUAACUCUCUGCAGCACGCUGCCCAAAACAAAGCCAGUGCCACUUUAGGUGAGCCUGGGGCUGGUGGUGUAGCUCAGACCAGAGCAGCAAAGAGUAAAGCCAUCUCAAAUAAGGUCACACCUGGUACAUCGGCUACUUCUUCAGCUCUGGGCAAAGCAGGCCAGAAGAAAGCUGGUGCUGGUAAGCCAGGACCUGCUGCAGCAAUUCAGGCCAAAGUAGGACAAAGCAAAGCAGCAGCAGCAGUUACUGCAAAGGCAGCAGAGAGCUCUGAAAGCAGCGAUUCAUCAGAGAGUGAGGAAGGGGAGAAGGUGCCAGCAGCAAAGCUCCCACCUCCCAAGUCAGCACUAAAGCAAAAGGUGGGAAAGGCAGAGAGUAGCAGUGAGGACUCGAGCGAUGAGACUUCCUCUGAAGAGAAAUUAAAAACCCCGGCGCUCCAGACAAAACCAGCUGCGAAAGCAGCACAGGUCAAUGCAACACCAGUGAAAAGCGCGCCAGCCACUCCAGCGCCCACCAAGAGGACCCCAGGGAAAGUGUCCAGCCCAGCUCCAUGGAAACCAACUGCAGAUACACCAACCCAGAGCAAACCAGGAACUGCAAAGGUGACAGCUCCUGCAAAGGCUGCUGGGAGUGCAAAGGCAAAGGACACUUCUGAGAGCAGCAGUUCAUCGGACAGUGAUGAUGAGGAAGCCACGUCAGCGGUACAGACCAACCCAUCUGCAAAAGCUCCCCAGGCCAUGGCGACGCUAGUGAAAAGUGCACCAGCCACUCCUCCAUCCACCAGGGCAGCUCUGGCAAAAGCCUCGACCCCAGCUCCACAGAAGCAGCCCUCAAAACCAGCUGUGCCCAGCCAGCCCAGUGUGGGGCUUCAAACGACCAGAACCACUGCAAAGGCUGCUGGGAGUGUAAAGCAAGAAGAGAGCUCAGAGAGCAGUGACUCAUCGAGCAGCGAGGACGAAGCACCCCCAGUGCCGAUAAGCCAGAAGAGAGUGCCAACUUCUCAGCCUUCCCCUGGCAUCAAGCCCAGCCCAGCAGGUAAAGCUAGGAGCCCCAGGAAAGCAGCUGCAAAUGCCUUGAAGGGCAAGGACUCGGAGAGCGAGAGCAGCACGUCGUCAGACAGUGAGGAGGACGAGGCAGCCCAGAAACAACCUCCUAACGCUGCAGUGAAGACCCCUGCUGCAGCACAGCUGACUAGUGUCAAGAAGGCCCAGGCCCUUCCAGCAUCUCUUCCAAAAGCACCAGGGGCAGCAGAUAGCAGCGAGGAGUCCAGUGAGGAGUCGGACUCUGAGGAGGAUCAGGUACCCGUGCAGCAACCGGCCCAGGUGAAACCAAAACCUUCUCCAGCCGCAAAGCCUCUGGGCACAGCAGCCAGCACGGCCAGGCCCGUGCUGCCCACUGGGAAAGCUGCCAACAGAGCGGCCAGCAGCCCUGCGAAGGCAGCUGCUACCGCAGUUGGCCAAGCAUCCGAGAGCUUGAGCUCACGUUCCUCAGAGAGCAAGGAGGAAGAGAAGCCUGCAAGACAGCCUCGUCCUCCAUCCUGCUUGAAGCACUGGGCUGCCUCAGGUAAAGCCGUCGCUCCUGCAGGGGAGGGUGCGCAAGCAAAUGCCCCUGUGUUGCUGAGCCCUUCUGCCAAGGGCAAAGGUCCCGUCGCAGCCGUGGGAAAAGCAGGACUUCGUGCUGCAGGCAGAGCCACCAAGAGCCAGGCUGUGCCCCCAGCACCUGGCAAAGGGCAGGAGAGCCCAGACAGCAGCAGUUCCUCCGACAGCGAGGAGGAGGACACGGCCAAGCAGUCCCCGAGGCCUGCAGGGGCACCCCAGAAACAGGGAGCGACAAAGGAGGCCGACAGCACCUCCUCGGAGUCCAACGAGGAAGAGCAGCAGCUUUCGCAGUCCCUUCUAAUAGGUUAUCUAGGUCUUUCUAAAGCUCCAGCAGCACCCCAAGUGCAAACACCUGCUUCCCUGACCUCACCCAAACCAGGGCGUAGAAAAGCAGCAGCUGCUGCCAGCACCCUCACCAAACCCGGGAAAGCAGCCCUGCCUGACGUCUCGGAGAGUGACAGCAGCGACUCCGAUACAGAUGCUGAGAAGACGUCAGCCAAACAGACGGCAGAGAGCAAGUCGUCCUCUUCUGGGGAGGUAGCGGUCACCACAAAAGUGGCCUCUAGCCAAGAGACUGCAGCAGGGAAAGCGGGCGAAAGAGGCGCCAGUCUCAAAGCCUCACGGGCAAAGAAAGCCCUGGUGGUGACUCAGAAUGCUGGUGGUCCUAAGGGCUCUCCAGGGACGCCGUCGCCGUAUGCUCUGCUGUCCAUCGCUCAGUCGGAGAGGGAGAGCUCCGCGAGCGACAGCGAAGACAGGGUUACCACUGCUGCCAAGGCUCCGGGCGGGCAAGCGCCAGGGGAGCUGGAGGGAGGGAAGAAGGAGCAGAAGGCAGUGAAGAAUACCCCCGCAGCAUCAGCCAAGGCUCUGAAAGCAACGAAAGCACCAAAGCUUGGGGACAAAGAGAACAAGAAGCAGAAAUCCUCCGUGAAAAGGAAGCUGGCAGCAGGGGAUGCCAGCCCCGCGGAGCCCAAGCCGAAGAAGCUGAAAAGUGGCCUCGAGACUCCCAAAAAGAAGAAAAGCAAAGGGGAGAGAGCAGCGGGCAGCAAGGAGAAGAAGAAGAAAGCCAGUAAAAAGAAGAAGACUGUGAAAGAUGAGAAGAAGACUGUGAAAGACAAGAAGAAGAAAAGCAAGAAGGCUGCAGCUGGAGUGGAGCCAAGCACGGACGGGUCUGCUUCCACCCCCCAAAAAAAGAAAAAGAAGAAGAAGAAGAAGAAAGCUUCUGAGCUCGAGGGAUCCUUGUGAGAAGAGCACCUCCCUCGGACGGCCGACAACGAAUGAAUGACGUAGGGGUGGAAGAAAGUGAAUUAAAACUCUUCUAUUUUUUUUAAAGAAAAGAAAAUACUUUAAACUUCUAAAUCUUAAUUUAUAACUUCUUCUUUUAACUGUGACUUUUAGAGCCAAGCAUUGUACUUUGCUGCCUCAGCCACUGCCUGGCUGGGACUGGACAUAAGUGUAUAUUGUUCCCCCAGAAGCCCACAGCCAUUGCACUGUAACCAAACGAAAGGAGGCAAUCAGAGCAGCCCCAUGGGCAGAGGGAAUAAGAAGCCAGCUCCUCCUGUGCGCCAUUUCCCCUCUUAGAUGUGAUAUGCAGCAAUCUCUCUCCAGAGCUAUAUUUUUUAAGAGAAACUUCCAAUCUUUCUGUGAUCGUGGUGUCUGUCUUUUUGCUACCUACUUAACAGCUUUGGGGUUCACUUUAUAAUAUAACUUUAAAACCAGGUUCUCUUGGUAUUACCUCCUGGUCCUGUCAGAAGCUGUAUUCAAGCAGCGGUACAUACAAGGCACUGUUGGGUUCUUGGAUUUUUGAUGGAACACAGCAAUAAAAUUGAUUUUGAGUG